AUGAUCUCCCUGAGGAAUGCCUAUGGAAAGCCAGGACUUCAACCCAUGGACAUGCCCAAUCAGGAUGGAGGAGCUCACGGGAAGACGCUGCACCCGCUGCUGUUCGACCCUGGCGAGUCUGCUUUCGACAUCAACCUGGACUUUUCAUUUUGCAAUCCCAGCCCGGCCGUUGACAUUGCCAAGUGGAGGGAGGACAUUUCCGGACCAGCCCUUCUCGGACAGGAUCUAUUCUCCAUGAUCGACUUUAAGGAUUUCAAGGGAGUCGACGCGACUUCAGAAUACAGCAUGGACAGCGCAUACCAGAGCCAGUCCGGCUCAAGCCGACGAGGUGGAGCUUACCAGAGCUCUCCCAUCCAGAAUCAGCCCAGCCACUCUUUCAUGAACCAAGGCAUUUCGCCAUCACUAGCCUCCGACACCUUCGUGCCAUUCUCGGAGUCUCACGACAUAAACCAGGUCUCCAAUGCCGGAAACCUGGACUUCGGGAACGGAUCCCAGUGGUUUGCUAAUGCAUCGUCCGCACAGGACUUCACCACAUACUCGCCAUCAAUGGCGCAAGCGAUGCAGCCUAGCGCCUUCACUUGGGACUCGACCGAGGUUUCAAACUACGACUACACAUCGUACAACCUUCAGCACGAGAACGAGUUCUUCCGAUCUCAACCCUCGCCUCAGAGGGAAGUAUCUCGACCUCGCAUCGAGACUUCGGCAAGGCCGUCUUACUUUGCUUCCGAGCGCACUUUCAGCCACGGUUCGACUCACUCUUCUACCGGCCGUGCUUCGGUUGUAUCUCCAGUGCAGCCACUCCAGUCACAGUCCUUUGUCGAUGCCUCCUAUGAAUCUCAACGACUAGCUGGCCUAGGGUAUGUUUCGUCCGGCGCUAUUAAGGGUCUCUUGAUUAACAAAACCAGAUUCGAGUCUGCUCAGACCAACUCGCCUUCUGAGGAGUUUGUCAUGGAAGACACUGAGGAGCUAAAGACCUUGGAGGAGGAACACCACAAGGUGGCAAGGAGCCACCCUCUUUACUCCAAGGAGCCGGACGCAGACGGUCUAUACCACUGCCCAAACGAGGGCGAGAGCGGGUGCAACCACAAGCCGACCACCCUGAAGUGCAACUACGACAAAUACGUUGACUCCCACUUGAAGCCCUUCCGCUGCAAGAUCGCAAAGUGCGAGGCCAUUCCCUUCUCCUCGACUGCAUGCCUGCUCCGCCACGAAAGGGAAGCACACGGCAUGCACGGCCAUGGCGCCCGCCCCAAUCUCUGCCGUUUCGCUGACUGCGAGCGGUCUACGCCCGGCCAGGGAUUUCCCCGCCGCUACAACCUCUUCGACCACAUGCGGCGCGUGCACGGCUGGCCGGGUGACAAGGAUGUCGCCUCUGCCACCAUGGACGGACAGCCGGGCGCCCGUAAGGCCCGCACGCAGAAGCGCAAAGCCACUGCCGCCCCUUCUUCUUCCCUUAAGAUUGAGAAGAAGGCUAGGAUCAGCAAGGCCAUGCAGCAGCAACAGCUUCGCGAGCGUCAGCGCACCCGGCUAAACGCUGAGUGGGCGACCAAGAAGCAGUCCAUUGCUUCUUUGCUUGCCGGCCUGCACGACCUCGGCGACAUGAGUGAGGCACAAGAUGCCCAGCUUCGCCAGGAGAUCAACGCGUUCUUCGAGCUUCGCGAGAAGUACCACACUGGCAUCAAGGAGGAGUUUGUUGAUUGA